AUGAUAGCUAUAAAACUAAUUAAAGUGUAGCCAAAUGUUUUCAUACAAAACCCUUCUCCAAAAAACAUGCAAGCAACAAAAUUUGACCAAAUAGGAGAAGUUUAGAAUAAAAUAGUUGAUUCACCUAAGUUUAUUAAUUGUGUAGCUGUGAAAAAUAAUAUAGUUGAUCCAUUGCUAAAAAGUGCUCUUAGUAUUAAAAAUUUAAAUGUGUUUUUAUCUGUGCAGUAAGUGCUUUCUCCAGUUACUUUCAUAACAUUUAGAUUGAAUAUAAGAACGAAUAUUGAUCUAUAAUAUAAAAGUUCAAAAACAGGAAUGUGCUUUAAUUUUUUCGUAACAAGAGAGGCAAUUGCCAUCGUAAACGAUCCUAUUAUAGCAUAGAUAUAAGGGAUUUUAUGCUAAUAUUUCUCAUCAAGUUUUUCAAAAACUUAAACUGUUUGGUCAUAAAUUUCUUUUAACUUCAUUCUAGUGUGUUUUCUAAUUGGUUAUUUAUUGAUUAAUUGA